AUGGGCGGAGAGAGGGAGAACAAGGACGAUGAGAUUGAACGACAAAAUAAUGGAAGGUCAGAGAGACGCGAUGAACGAGAGAGAAGGCUAGAGAUUGAGCUAAAGGCAGCGACUGAGGCAGAGGUUGGAAGGGGGUGCGAACGUAUGGUUGAGCGUUGGUCUGACCCCCGCUUUUUUUUUAACUCGCGCUCCAAGGGCAUCGCUCGCGAUGGCGACACGGAAUACAUCCGUCUCAGCGAGACCAUCACUACCAACAUCUUCUCCAUCCAGAAGAAAGUGCGCAACAUUGAGAAACUGACCCGGGUGGUCGGCACCCGCGGUGAUGGCCGCCAGACCAUGUCACAGCUCCAAGAUCUCGUCGAAGAUUGCAAAGAUAUUAUUCGUGAGACUACCGAUAUGAUCAAGCAGUUUGGCCGCUUGGACGGCGGCACAGCAUCAGAGCGCAAGAAUCGUGGCCUGGAGCAAACUAAGAUGCGCAAGGAUCUAGAGGCCGUGGCUAAUCAGUUCAAGGUGGCCUACAAGGCCGUCCUGCAGAAGGAGCAGGCCACCAUCUCCCGAGAACGGGCCGAGUCGGUGGGCUACGGUCAGGGUCCCGAGGAAAAGCAGUCCCUCAUCGAGGACGAUCGCCGACAGCAACUGGAUAUGGAGGUUGACUAUCGCACGGCCCAGAUUGAAGAGCGCAACCAAGGCAUCCGCGAACUCGAGUCUCAAAUGACGGAGGUCAACGACAUCUUCAAAGAUUUGGCGCAGAUUGUGCAAGAGCAGGGUGAUCAAUUGGACUCAAUCGAGGCCAACUUGACCACGACGGCCAGUCGUACCGAACAGGGUGUCGAAGAGCUGACUCGCGCUUCGCGAUACCAGAAAUCCGCGCGAGGCAAGGCUCUGUGCCUCUUCGUGAUUGUGGCCGUCGUAGCCGGCAUCAUUGCCAUCAUUGUCGUUGAGUCCUUGAAGAAGAAGAAGCACUAA